GGGCCGGGAUUGGUGUGAGAAUAAUUCGUUGUCUACGCCGCCGCGCUCUCAUUCCGAGCUUCCUCUACACUUAGCCGCCGCCCGUUUCUUCUUUCGCCCCCAAAUCUACGGGGAGAAAACGACCGCCGAAUCGAAUAUGAAUACUAGCCCCCUGAAUCCGUCCUCGCCGGAUAAGAGGAUCCCGAUGAUCCCGUCGUCUCCCAGCGAACCUUUAGGCAAGAUCGAGAUGUACUCCCCGAAGUUCUACGCUGCCUGUACCGCCGGUGGUACCCUGUGCUGCGGCCUUACUCACAUGGCGGUCACACCUCUCGACCUUGUCAAAUGUAAUAUGCAGAUUGACCCUACAAAGUACAAAAGCAUCUCAUCUGGUUUUGGAGUGUUGCUCAAGGAACAAGGGGCCAAGGGCUUCUUCAGAGGGUGGGUUCCUACCCUUAUUGGGUACAGUGCUCAGGGUGCCUGCAAGUAUGGAUUCUAUGAGUUUUUCAAGAAGUACUACUCUGAUAUCGCCGGACCUGAAUAUGCAUCAAAAUACAAGACUUUGAUAUACCUUGCUGGAUCUGCCUCGGCAGAAGUGAUUGCUGGUGUCGCACUUUGCCCGUUGGAAGCCAUUAAGGUUCGUGUACAGACUCAACCAGGUUUUGCAAGGGGAUUGUCUGAUGGGUUUCCAAAGUUUGUCAGAUCUGAAGGAGCUCUUGGGUUGUACAAGGGUUUAGUUCCUCUUUGGGGGCGUCAAAUUCCAUAUACCAUGAUGAAGUUUGCCUCCUUUGAGACUAUUGUUGAGUUGCUCUACAAGCAUGCAAUCCCCACACCCAAAAACGAGUGUAGCAAACCUUUUCAACUUGGAGUGAGCUUCGCUGGUGGAUACGUCGCAGGUGUUCUGUGUGCAAUGGUCUCUCAUCCCGCUGACAAUCUAGUCUCCUUCCUCAACAAUGCUAAGGGCGCCACUGUCGGUGAUGCUGUGAAGAAGAUGGGAGUUGUGGGUCUCUUUACCCGUGGGCUUCCACUCCGUAUUGUCAUGAUCGGCACACUCACCAGUGCUCAGUGGGGAAUUUAUGAUGCCUUCAAAGUAUUUGUAGGACUGCCAACAACCGGUGGAGGUGCUCCAACAGCUCCUGUGGAUGCCAACUAGCAAUAUGAGGAUUUCAUGAACUCAUCAAUUGAAUAUGUUGUAGUAUACACCAGAGAAGUUAUACAAGCCUAUUCCUAAGGCUAUUUACAAGGGAAGUUAAUCUGCUGAUAUACGUCUAGAUAGAGUAUAUUA